GUUGGACGGCCUCCUCUAGGUGGCGGGGAAUCGAAGACGAGCGCGUGUGUGCCGACACAGCGGUGCCCGAACACGCGACCAGCCUCGACGGUUCCAAGCUGUUGAUAUUUGUUUUCCUUAUCUGUUUCCGUGCGAGGCGAUCAAACGCAGCGUCCCCCAAAGUCGUCAAAAGGAGGUCGUCGCUCAGAAGCAGGCUAAUUUCACGAAGGAUCCCGCGAUGCUCGCGAAAGUCGAGGCACCGGGACGCCAAGAUGCGAUGACACUCGAACGCCGGGAGUAGAUCGCUACGUAUAUUUGGAUGGCUUGCAAACGGAAGCGCAAAAAGUCGUGGAAGAGCGCCUGAGGGGGACGUCCUGCUGCCCCGCGGCCAUUGCGCCGUCCAGCAUGGCGUAACGGCGCACAAAACCGCGCGAACCUUUCGAACAGAGACGGUCCCGUUUGGAGUGGCAAGGUGACAAAGUAACCGGGAGGAGAAAAAUCCGAAUAAGCAAUGCGGUAGCGUGUGCUAAGCGCGAGCUUAGCGGAUCAACUACGAGCCUCAGUGGCGGUUCAGAUAUCGGAACUGGGCCGUAAACAGUAUCAAGACCCGGGAAAAGUGGAUAAAAGCCACUCGAAGAACGGACCUGGCGACGACGGUGGCGGUUUCCGGCGAUGAUUGGAUACAAUCAACACAAUUCUGGCUACAACAAGCUAUUCACUCAGGGCUCGGCGGACUCGAACUACUCGCAGCCGAGCUCGGAUCUCUCGCUGGACGAGGAAAAAGAGAGCUUGCGUCGCGAGAAGGAGAAGCAGGCCCUCAAUCAACUUGAAAAAGCCAAGACGAAACCGGUAGCAUUCGCAGUGCGGACCAACGUGAGCUACGAUGGAUCCGUCGACGACGAUUCGCCAGUUCAUGGCUCGGCGGUCAGCUUCGAAGUCCGCGACUUUCUGCACAUCAAGGAGAAGUACGACAACAACUGGUGGAUAGGUAGGCUGGUGAAAGAGAACUCGGACGUUGGCUUCAUCCCAUCUCCGGUGAAGUUGGAAGCCCUGAGGCAGCAGGCGAGUGCUGCACGUGGCACAAAGGGUCUCUAUUCGGCGCGCGGAGGGUCUUCAGGGAACCUUGGCGAGAGUGGUAUGCCCUCACGUGGUUCCACACCACCUACACCAGGUGACGACAGCGACAGCGUGGGAAACGUGCGCGGCGGCAAGGCGACCUUGACGACACCACCAGCUAAGGAUAAGCGGAAGAACUUCUUCAAGAAGCCGUCCGACGAGACGACAACACCGUAUGACGUUGUACCAUCCAUGAGGCCCGUCGUUCUGGUGGGUCCAUCGCUGAAGGGUUACCAGGUCACCGACAUGAUGCAGAAGGCGUUGUUUGAUUUCCUCAAGCAUCGAUUCGCGGGCAGAAUAAUCAUCACUAGGGUAAUGGCAGACAUUUCGUUAGCGAAGAGAUCUUUGUUGAACAAUCCAACGAAAAGAGCGAUCAUGGAACGAUCGACCAGCAGGAGCAGCUGUCUGGCGGAGGUUCAGGCGGAGAUCGAAAGAAUUUUCGAGCUUGCCAGAACUCUACAGUUGGUCGUGCUGGACUGCGAUACUAUAAACCAUCCGUCGCAGCUAGCGAAGACCAGCCUAGCGCCCACGAUCGUCUAUCUGAAGAUCUCGUCGCCUAAGGUGCUCCAAAGGUUGAUAAAAACGCGGGGCAAGUCGCAGAUCAGACACCUGAACGUACAAAUGGUGGCCGCCGAGAAACUGGCACAGUGUCCGCCGGAAAUGUUCGACGUGAUCCUCGACGAGAAUCAAUUGGAGGAGGCUUGCGAGCACGUGGCCGAGUACCUGGAAGCUUAUUGGAGGGCAACGCAUCCCCCGACGCACGCCACGGUUCCGCGUCCUAUUCCCGCGCCUGACGCGCCCGUCGACGCGCUGACGCCGCGCGUAACAUCAGGUGCCCAUCAUGAGAGUUACUACGGCCACGAGCCAAGAGGAUCGGGCUCGUACAGUGGCGGACACGUGAGCGAGGGAACAAGAAGAUCGAGACUCGAACGCAUGGAUCGUGAUCGGGGCGAUCGCGGUGAACACGACUACGGCACCGAGGAGGAAUCGUACGUCGGUGGCGUCGAUUAUGGCAGCGCAUCGAGGCGUCGCCAGCAGCAAGAUCCGCGUGCAUUGAACGCCAUUUAGGAGCUGGGGCCCCGGGGCCUGUCGCUACAGCGCUGUCCCCACCUGCGCACCACUGCUCUUUAGUGGGGUCGCCUCCUGGUACGCUACUGAACGUACGAAAAUGCUUAUGCUACCUUAGCGAUAUGUCGCUGUGGUCUGUUAGUGGGGUUUUCUUUCCUGUCGCUACCCGUAAGAAGAUUGAAUGGAUCACAUCAUGCAACCCUUGCGCGAGCUGUUAUGCUAGACAUCGCAUACACGGUAGCGAAUACGCUAUCUCAUGCUACCGAAGAUCUGGAAAUAUUUUCAUUAUUUUUCGUCCUCGAUGGCGAAUACGCUACCGUACGCCAUCGGACGUUCUAUAGAAUUUUCUUUCUAUUUCUUGUUUGUCGUCAGUCGGCGAAUACGCUGCUGCACGUUAUCGGAUAUUCGACAGAAUUUUGUUCCGUUUUAUUUUCGUCGUCGGUGGCGAGUAUGCUAGCGUACGUUACCAAAACAAUUUGGCGGUAUUUUGAUUAUUUUAAUACGCUGUCGUACGCUACCGAAGAUUAUACAAAAUUUUGUUUCUUUUCCUUUUUUGUCGUCGGUAGUAAACACACUACGAAAGAUAUCUGGUAAAGUUUUGUUUCUUUCCCCGUUCGUCCUUGGUAGCGAAUACGCUACCGUAAGCUACCAAUGUCUCUACAAGAAUUUUUUUUCCGUUUCCUUUUCGUCGUAGGCGUUGGAUGGUGCGUGCAGUUCACGUAAACUGUGCUGCAUUUUACGCCAAUGACUGUAAUAGUCGUUGAAAGCGUGCACGCUACUUUCUUUGAUGUAAAGUUUACGAUAGUAGUCUCAUAGUUGGGAUAGUCAUUUCGUCGUUCAAAGUAUAUACCUUUCAUUAGGACUCUUUGAAUCUGAUUUAUUUUUGGAAAAAUGUGAAUUCUCCAAAAGGAUUUUCAUAUUUUUCUUCUGGUUAAUUUGACCGUUUGUUUGUACGUUGUUGAACCAGUAGUAACAACGAUGAAUUGACGUAUAAUUUAAACAUUAUUACGUUUUGCAUGCGCGUGCACGCUGCGUACGAUACCCCUCGGACGUUUUUCGAUACGUAUUUCUUUCCCGAUUACGUGUACAUGUUUUGAGAAACGUAAGAGUAGCAAAUUAGUGUUCCCCUUUAAAAUAGCGUCGAUAUUUUUCCAAAGUAAUGAAAAUCAUCGUAACAUCCAACGAUUCGUAGAUUCUAUUUUCGUACCGUUUGAAUUAGAUCAGUUCGUUUGGUGCGAUCGUUUCGAAUAUCGAUUAGUAAAAUAGAUAUCCCCACCUAGCAACGUUAUUGUAAUUGAGUAAUGGCUUCCCGUUCGAUUUAUUUACAGAGUUUAAAAUAUCGAAUUUGUCGUAAGCAGAGAAACCGGUAGCCAUCGAUGCUUUCACGAGAAUUUUUUCCAACAGGAAUUCCGCAAAUGAUGGUCGGGUUGAAACGAUCGUUGAAUGUCCUUGCGAACGCGGUACGCACAGGAUAAACCUCCAUUCGCGGAACCAGCUGAACGAGAUGAGUAGACACGAGAUAAUCACGUGAGAACAAAUAAAAGAAAACACACUUUCGAAGGAGAGAGAGUGAAUGAGGGAGAAUGUGAGAGAAAAAGAGCCCUGGGGCCUUAAUUUUUGCGCUGACUCCUUCUGGGCCCCAAUACCCACCCCCACGAAAAUCGUAAGAACAGUGCUUGUCUACACCGGCGGGAGAAGUCGUGAAUUAGGCAUCUGUCUUCAAGACGAUCAUUCACGCUAACGGGAAGAUUAAAAAAAAAAAAAAAAUACGAAUCGAGAAUGACUAAAGAAAAAUAAUAUUAAUAAUAUCAAUACUUUGUCUCGAACUCGCGUAGAAUUUUUUUAAUUCGGCCGAGAGAACAGCGAUAGUUUUUUGCUUCGACUUAGAGAGAGAAAGAGAGAAAGAGAGAACGAGAGAGAGAGAGAGAGAGAGAGAGAGAGAGAGAGAGAGAGAGAGAGAGAGAGGAGAGAGAAGCCACCUCUAGUCGAUACCUUAGAAUUCGAUCGCAUGAUAAAUUCUAGAGAAAUUCCG